UUCUGUCUUUUAACAUUUUAUUUUGGUUUAAAUUAGAUUUUAAUUGUUGAUCAUUAUUGUUGAUUAAUUUAACCUUCGACCUGUUGUUUAUUUGAGUUUUUUUCCUUCACAUUAUGAGGGUUGAACGUUGUUAUUUCUGUUCUUCUCCUGUCUAUCCAGGGCAUGGAAUUCAAUUCGUUAGGAAUGAUUGUAAGCUUUUUCGAUUUUGUAGGAGUAAAUGUAGGCGACGAUUUAAUCAGAAAAAGAAUCCUAGGAAAACCAAAUGGACAAAAGCUUAUCGAAAAGCUGCUGGAAAGGAGCUUGUUAAUGAUCCAGCAUUUGAAUUUGAAAAGAGACGAGACACUCCAAUGAAAUAUAAUCGUGAAUUAUGGUUAAAGACUAUUGAUGCCAUGAAAAGGGUUACAGAGAUACGAAGGAGAAGGGAAUCUGAAUUUAUCAUGAAACGUCUUCGAAAGGCAAAUGCUAUUGAAAAGGAAAGAGAUAUCAAAGAGGUUAAACGAGAUCUCGCCCUCAUCAAAUCUCCUGCUGCUGGAAUGAAAAGGGAGAGAAGGAAAGAGAAAAGUAAAGUUAUUGUUCGAUUUGAAGAUGAAAUGGAAGAUGAAAGUGAGAAUAGUCAAGAAGAGGAAGAAAUGGCUGUUGAAAGCGACGAAGAGGAAAUGGUCACCAUUAGUGUUUAAUAUGGACGGAAAGGAAAAGAUGAGACAAUGUGUAAUUUAUAAUUUGGAAACAAUUACUAUUUUAUUGAUAUUUUGUUGUCAAAAGUUUGUUCAUUGUCCAAUUAAAGUGUUUUGGAUAAGUAUAA